CCGGAACCAAGUAUACCAACACGGUGGCCCAGAUACCGUUUUUAGCUGCUACAUAAGUUGAUUUGUACACUACUUUCUUCUCGCGGUUUACUUCUUUGUUAUAAAAUAUUCGAAGUUGUUUUUUCCCAACUCCUGAACUAUGGCUGGGAACUUCUGGCAGAGUUCGCAUUACCUGCAGUGGGUUCUGGACAAGCAGGACCUAAUAAAGGAACGGCAGAAAGAUAUGAAAUUCCUCACAGAGGAGGAAUACUGGAAAUUGCAGAUCUUCUUUGCCAAUGUCAUCCAGGCCCUGGGGGAACACCUGAAGCUGAGGCAGCAAGUCAUUGCCACGGCAACUGUCUAUUUCAAACGCUUCUAUGCCAGAUACUCACUGAAAAGUAUAGACCCUGUGCUUAUGGCUCCCACCUGCGUGUUCCUGGCAUCCAAAGUGGAGGAGUUUGGUGUGGUCUCCAACACCAGACUGAUCUCUGCUGCUACUUCUGUGUUGAAAACCAGGUUCUCUUACGCAUUCCCAAAGGAGUUUCCCUACAGAAUGAACCAUAUACUAGAGUGUGAGUUCUACCUGCUGGAGCUGAUGGACUGCUGCCUGAUCGUGUUUCACCCGUACCGGCCGCUGCUGCAGUACGUGCAGGACAUGGGGCAGGAGGACAUGCUGCUGCCUCUGGCCUGGAGAAUAGUGAACGACACAUACAGGACAGAUCUCUGCCUCCUUUAUCCUCCAUUCAUGAUCGCACUUGCCUGUCUGCACGUGGCCUGUGUGGUGCAGCAGAAGGAUGCCAGGCAGUGGUUCGCUGAGCUGUCAGUCGACAUGGACAAACACUUGGGAUGUCCUUCAGUCCUGCAGACGUCCUGGCAGCUGAGCACCCCAGGGGAGUGGGGUUCCAGGCAGCUGAGCACCCCAGGGGAGUGGGGUUCCAGGCAGCUGAGCACCACCCCAGGGGAGUGGGGUUCCAGGCAGCUGAGCACCACCCCAGGGGAGUGGGGUUCCAGGCAGCUGAGCACCACCCCAGGGGAGUGGGGUUCCAGGCAGCUGAGCACCCCAGGGGAGUGGGGUUCCAGGCAGCUGAGCACCACCCCAGGGGAGUGGGGUUCCAGGCAGCUGAGCACCACCCCAGGGGAGUGGGGUUCCAGGCAGCUGAGCUCCACCCCAGGGGAGUGGGGUUCCAGGCAGCUGAGCUCCACCCCAAGGGAGUGGGGUUCCAGGCAGCCCAGUGUAGCAUCAGCACCCCUAAGGACCUACCGAUUAGAAACACCCAGGAGCUCUGCAUGCCUGGUUAGGUGUCCUAACCUAGGGUUAGGUGUCCUAACCAGGCAGUACAGAAGAUCCUGGAGAUUAUCAGGGUGAUCCUUAAGCUUUACGACCAAUGGAAGAACUUUGAUGACAGGAAGGAGAUGGCAUCAGUGCUCAGCAAGAUGCCGAAACCCAAAC